UGAGAGAGAUUAUACGUACGUAUACGUAUAGACAGUAACAAUCUUAACGAAGCAUUUAUGGAAUGAACCUAAUCAACCUAACGUGUUCACAAUACAGCUUCGGAAUUGUCAGUUAACAAAGUGGUCGACGGUAGAGCUACCUAUGUUAUCAUUGUUAUCAACUGCGGCCAACUUCACAGUUUAUAAAACGCCGGCGGCUUCUGUCAUCACACAGUUGUCGUGUCACAUAUGGCCGGUAAGUGGUUAAUUAUUUAUUUAUUUUCGUAAUAUAUUGUACCGUAUAACCACCCACACGCUAUAUAGUUCACAAAGACACAAGACAAACUCACCAUGGUACGACUAGUGGAAGAGCAGUCAACCCCCUUCAAGAAGGAGACGGUUCGGCGGUUCACGUGGCAUUCUGCGUCGGGCGUCUCUGUCACUGUCAUCUCGUAUGGAGCUAUCAUACAAUCCGUCAAAGUACCCGACAAGAACGGCGAGAUCGCCGAUAUCGCCCUCGGUUUCGACGAUGUGGACAGCUACGUCCAACGCAACGUUCCGUACUUCGGAGCCACGGUGGGGCGCUGCGCUAACCGCAUAGCGCGCGCCCAGUUCGAGAUAGACGGCGUGGAGUACAAGCUAGCGAAGAAUAUAGGGGAGAACCACUUGCAUGGCGGGAUCGUGGGAUUUGAUAAGGCAAACUGGCACACAACUGUCGACGGCAACAAAGUGAUCUUCAGCUACCUCUCCGCCGACGGCGAGGAGGGCUACCCUGGUGACCUGGUAACCAGCGUCACCUACGAGCUGACAGACGACGAUCGCUUCCACGUGGACUUCCAGUCCAUGGCUACGAAGAAAACGGUCGUGAAUCUGACUAAUCACUCGUACUUCAACUUGGCCGGUCAUGAUGGGGGGGCUCAGGAGUUGAUGAACCAUGUGGUCGCUUUAUUUGCUGAUAAAAUCACUGAAACCGAUGAAAAUUCCAUCCCGACUGGUCGCCUGACCAAAGUGGGCGGCACGCCGUUCGACCUGCGUACGCCGAAGCGACUCGGCGACAUCAUAUCUAAAAACCCGAAACUAUUUGACGACAACUUCUGCAUUACUACGUUUGGAAAGGAGGAUCUCCACUACAUCUCCCGCGUUGUCCAACCGCCCUCCGGCCGCUACCUGGAAGUCUACAGCGACCAGCCCGGCGUCCAGCUUUACACCAGCUACUUCCUCCCAGCUCCCACCGACGCCGCCCUCAUCGGCAAAGGCGGCGUCGGCUAUAGACGGCACGGAGCCUUCUGUUUGGAAACUAAGAAGUACCCAGAUGCAGUGCAUCAUGAGAAGUUCUCUAGCCCGAUCUUGAAGCCUGGAGAUGUUUAUCGCCAUAGAGUGGUUUAUGAGUUUGGAUCGGAGAGCGCUUCUGAGCCUACGGUGGUGUCUACUUAAGUACAUCGUUUCAUGGAUAGGUUUUUAUUAAGAUUACUUUGAAUAAAUGUAUAUUUUAAACAAAUAUUGUUUAAACAAAAUGUCGUCUUUACAUACCACCUCGUCGGCAAAGGCGGCAUCGGCUAUAGGCGACAUGGAGCUCUCUGUUUGGAAACUCAGAAGUACCCAGAUGCAGUGCUUUACGAGAAGUUCUUCAGACCGAUCUUGAAACCUGGAGAUGUUUAUCGCCAAAGAGUGGUUUUUGAUUUGGGUCGAAAUACAGUUCUGAGCUUAAAUUAUUCAUGACCACGAUUUGUAUUAAAACAAUUGUACCAGAUAUAAGUUACUUACUUACGUACUUAAACGACGACCCAACCUUUACUUUGGUCUCUCAGAAAAAAUCCAGAAGCGUCAGUUUAUAGCAAAACGUCAGUUAUGUAGGUAAUGCCCAUAUCGAACUAAGAAGCAUCGGGUUUAUGAUUUUGACGAAUGCAAUUGUAAUAAAGACGAUUAUUAGUG